AUGAAAAGCUUAUUUUCAUUUAAUAUUAUUAUUAAUAGAAGGAAUUUUAUAUUAUUUAAUAGGAUUUUUUUUGAAAAACGUCUUUUUACUAGUUUUAAGGAUAUAGAAAAAUUUCAAAUAGUUGUUAUUGGUGGUGGUCAUGCAGGAUGUGAAGCAGCAGCAGUAGCCUCAAGAAGUGGCUUAAAAACUGUUCUUGUAAGCCAAGAUAUUAAUAAAAUUGGAGAAACAUCAUGUAAUCCAGCUUUUGGAGGGAUUGGAAAAGGAACAUUAGUUAGAGAAAUAGAUUCUCUUGAUGGAUUAUGUGGAGUUAUUUCCGAUCGAGCAGGUAUUCAAUUUAAGAUACUUAAUCGUGCAAAGGGUCCAGCAGUCUGGGGCCCGAGAGUCCAAAUUGAUCGUCUACUUUAUAAGAAAUAUAUGUUAGAAACAUUAUCUUCUUAUAAAAAUUUGACAUUGCUCAAAGGAAUAGCAAUAGAUAUUUUAACAGAACCACUAUCGGAAUAUGAGGAUAUAUAUAAAACUAGGAAAUUCAAAGUUUCAGGCGUUGUUCUUGAAUCGGGUGAAAAAAUAUUAGCUGAACAUAUUAUUAUUACUACAGGAACGUUUUUAAACGGAGAGGUGCAUAUUGGAUCAAAAACAUUUCCAGCAGGGAGAAUUGGAGAAUCAGCAACAUUUGGUAUUAGUACAUUUUUAAAAAAAAAGGGAUUUAAACUGGGACGUUUAAAGACAGGAACCCCUCCAAGACUUGACAUAAGGACUAUUAAUUAUAGAUAUUUGCAUCCUCAAUUAGGAGAUGAACCUCCUGUCCCUUUUAGUUAUUUACAUUCAGAAGAUACUAUUAAAAACAAAAUUUUAUGUUAUUCAACAUAUACGACUGAAGAAACACAUAAAAUUGUAAGAGAUAAUUUAAAAGAAUCAAUUCAUGUGCAAAAAAACAUUAAAGGACCAAGAUAUUGUCCUUCUAUAGAAACAAAAGUUAUACGUUUUCCUUCUCGUAAUCAUCAUAUAUGGUUAGAACCAGAGGGUAUAGAUAGUAAUGUAGUUUAUCCAAAUGGAAUAAGUGUUACACUCCCUGAGGAAAUUCAGCUUAAAAUGUUAAGAAGUAUUCCUGGGCUUGAGAACGUAACAAUGCUACGUCCUGGAUAUGGUGUUGAGUAUGAUUAUGUAGAUCCUAGAGAGCUUUACCCAACUCUUGAAACUAAACGUAUAAAAGGGUUAUGGCUUGCAGGACAAAUAAAUGGUACAACAGGGUAUGAGGAAGCUUCUUCUCAGGGUUUAUUAGCAGGUAUUAAUGCUAGCCUAUCAAAAAAGGGUCAAUCUCAAGCUACUAUUUCCCGAGGUUUAGCAUAUAUUGGUGUACUUAUUGAUGAUCUUGUUACUAAGGGAGUGGAAGAACCUUACAGGAUGUUUACAUCUAGAUGUGAAUAUAGGCUUAGUAUUAGGGCAGACAAUGCAGACUUAAGAUUAACUGAAUUUGGCCAUAAAUUAGGUAUAAUUAGCAAAGAAAGAUGGGAUCAAUUUAAUAAGGAUCAAAAACUUUUUAUGGAUGCCAAGAAAGCGCUAGAAAGUCUAGUUUUAUCUCCUCAAGAAUGGAAAUCACAUAAUAUUUCAGUAAAUAUGGAUGGAAUUAGAAGAAGUGCAAUGCAGCUUUUAGCAUAUCCAAACAUUACUGCUGAUACUUUUCUUAAUAUUAUACCAAUGCUGCAUGAUAUACCCACUAAGAUUCGUUUACGUCUAAACAUAGAAAGUAUUUAUUCUGAAUUCAUAACUCGGCAAGAAUUUGAAAAUCGCUAUCUUCUUCAAAAAAACGAAGAAUUCAUUUUUCCUCCAGAUAUAGAUUAUAAUAAGCUAAAUAAUUUAUCCAUAGAAGAAAAGGAAUUAUUAAAUUCUAUACGUCCACAAUCACUUGCACAAGCUAAAAGAAUUCAAGGCAUUACUCCAUCAGCUCAACUAGUUCUUUUGAGAUAUAUUAUGCAAAACAAAAAAAGGCACAAAACUCUUGACAACAUAUACAUGUAA